GGAGACAGGUAGAAGUCUAACAUCUGUGCACAUCAGUAAAAGGCUUGCUUGCCUCCAAGAGGAAUCCUGGACCUGAUCAGGAGCAGUGUCCAGGAUGUGUUCCAGUAUUUGGAUGCUCUGAGAUGGGAUUCUUACUCUGACAAAUGAGAACAAAUCCACUCUAGAUCUUCAGAAGGAAUCAGGGUCUCUGUUAAAAUGUUGACAAUACCAUAAAAUGUUCCUCACUCGUCUACUCUUGCCUCCAAACACAUUCUUCCUCCCACCAAUACAGUUAUUUCAGAAGGUUCUGUAACAAGUUCUCAGAGGUUCCAUUGUGUAGUAAUAAAGAACCCCAGCAGUGAACCAGUGAACCAACAGGUUCUGUCCUUGCUGGUCUGAGUGGAGGACAUCCUAUCCCAGGCCUACAACUCACUAAACGUGUGGAACCAAGUUACAGCUCAUCAUGGAAGUCAGACCUAUUGGGUGGAUCUGUGGACAGGUGGUGAAGAACUUCUCUGGAAGACUUGAGGGGCUCCAGAAGGCAAUCAUGGACCUUAUUGAUGAGUUUAAAGAUGAUCUCCCUACCAUCUUAAGAUUAUCACAGUCUAGCCAGAAAACAGAUCCAGUGCAGAAAACAUCCAAGGUCAGAAUGGCCCUCGCCUUAGCCAAGAUCAACCGUGGGACGCUCAUUCAAGGGUUAAACCACAUAUCCAGCUCCUCCAAGUCAGUGGCCAAGCUUCUGCAGCCGCGGCUGGCAUACAGACUCCUAGAACUGAGGAGCAUCUCUCACCGGUUGCUGAGAGAAGUGAAUGUGGCGAGUCAACCCCUGCACAGCGUACAGAUGAAAAGGGGUUCUUUGUUUGAAAUCAUUUCUUUCCCAGCAAAAACUGCUUUAACUAGCAUAAUGUAUGCUUCUUAUGCAGCACUAAUUUAUUUGGCAGUCUGUGUUAAUGCGGUGCUGGCAAAGAUAAAGAAGAUUUUCCAAGAAGAAGAAUCCAUUAGGCAAAAUAGAGAGAGCGAGAAUUUUAGGAAAGCCUUCUCUGAGCCCGCGCUCCGAAAGCCCAUGUUUUCUGAAAGUGAAAUCAAAGCAAAACCUUACAGGUCGUUGCCAGAGAAGCCAGACAACCUUUUAGAUCAACCCAAGCCUCCUGCCAACAAGCAGAGUAACAAGAUCCAGGUUUUACAUUCUGUGUUUGACCAAUUGGCUGAAUUGAAUGAAUGAGAAAUACAAACACAAAUACCACUUUAGAGUGCUCAAUAGUUAUCUAUCCACAGGUAAAUUUCAUCAGACAUACCAGAGGACCAAUUUAUAUAAGCUGAAUGUAAAUUUAAGAAGGGACAGGGUAGGGAAAACUAUGACAUCAUCCUCUUGUAUCAUUGUAUUUUCUAUAUGGCAUAGAAAAUAAAAUGAAUCUUGAUGUACAAUAUGACUAUCCAGUA